AUGCCUUCUUUAGAAGUUAAGUUACGGAAAGCGGUGCUCGCAGCCACCGACGGGAAGUUGCGCAGUGAUAACUGGCAAUACAUUAUUGGUGUGUGUGAUCUUGUGAAGGAAGACCCCGAAGAUGCGUCACAGAUAGUGAUGGAGAUGAUAGAGAAGCGGCUGGGCCAGAACGAUGCCAACGUUAUGCUGAGAUCGCUCGCGCUGGUGGUCGCCCUGGCGGAGAACUGUGGGUCUCGGCUGAAACAGCAAGUCAGCAGCAAGCAUUUCACCGGGAUACUAGCCCAACUGCUGGAGAGCGGCGAUGUGCAUAUGACUGUGAAGAAAGAAAUUGCAAAAGUGGUCAAGCAGUUAUCUGACUCUUUCAAAAGUGACCCUUCUUUGAAAACUAUGGGUGACCUCAACACCAGGAUCAGAAGAAAAUGGCCAGGUUUACUGGAAGAACCAGAGAAACCGUCGAAACAAAAGGUAAGUCACCAAGAGGCGACCGACGAGGAUCAAGAACUACAGAGAGCAUUAAAGAUGUCCUUGGAAGAAUUCGAAAAGAGUAAGCAGCAAAGUAAUGGUAGUGCUGUUCAAAGCAAUAGUCUCCAGGAUCACAACCAAGGUCAACAACAGCCGCAGCAACAAACAACUUCUGGUAUCAGAAGAGUACGGGCUUUAUACGAUCUAAAUGCAAAUGAACAGGAUGAAUUGUCCUUUAGGAAAGGGGACGUGAUAGUUGUUCUGGAGCAAGUAUAUCGAGAUUGGUGGAGAGGCUCUUUACAUGGGAAGAUAGGUAUAUUCCCUCUGAAUUAUGUAACUCCAAUUACUGAACCAUCACCAGUUGAGUCACAAAGAGAACAACAAAUUGAAGAGGGCGUACUAUCGCAGGCUCAAAACGUUCAAGUUCUAAGUGCCAAAAUGCAAAUGGCAUCUGGAAAGGGGCUGUCGGAGUUGAACCAAGAUCCCGAGUUUAAUGAUUUAUAUAGUACCGUGACACCUAUACGGCCGCAUGUUACUAAAUUAAUAGGAAAAUAUGCAAAGGAAAAAGACGAUGUGAUCGCUCUACGACAAGUCCUGCUGAAUGCUGAAUCCACCUAUAAUGAACUUUUAGACAGAGCUGCUAAGAGUUAUAGUAUACCAAACACACAAGCUCCUCCAUACGCACCUGCAGUUACAUCACAGCCGGGAUACGUUUCAAAUAAUACUUAUCAAACCACUAAUGGUCAGUACACUCAACAUAAUAUAACACCGCAACAGCAAUAUCAGGUGCCCUCACAAAAUUAUCAAAGCCAGCCACCCUCUAUGCAAAGCAAUCAUUAUAUUGGGUAUCAACAUCCUGGCAUAAAUGAUCAGCCACCACCAAACUACUGA